AUGGAGAGCAGAGGCGAUGAAGAUGCAGCAAACAGCCAACAUCUUCAGCCAUCAGGUGCUGAAUGCUCCAGUUCAAGACCUGAAAACUCCAGUGACGAGGACGACCUGUUUAAACACUCAACCACUCUGACCAACAAGCAAAGAGGGAAUGAGAUUACAGUACGGCCAGCGACAUUGGAUGCUCUAUCCAUACAUCAGCUGGCAGCUCAGGGUGAUUUAUCACAAGUGGCAGCACACCUGAAUAAAGACAGUUCGCUGCUCAGCAGACAGGACGAGCGAGGUUUUACUCCGCUCAUGUGGGCAGCCGCGUUUGGCGAGAAAACAGUGGUGGACUUUCUCUUGGAAAAGGGUGCAGACCCCAACACAAUUGCAAGGGAGCGAGAGAGUGCCCUGACACUGGCCAGCUCUGGGGGGUUUGUGGACAUUGUGGAGACUCUCCUCAGACAUGGAGUCGACAUUAACACCUAUGACUGGAAUGGUGGAACUCCUCUUCUAUAUGCUGUCCGGGGAAACCACACCAAAUGUGUGGAGGCACUAUUAGCCAAAGGAGCAGAUAUGACCAUCGAGUCAGACUCUGGCUACAGUCCGAUGGCCUUAGCCGUUUCACUUGGACACAAAAAAAUUCAGAAAGUGUUGGAGGAUCACAUCUUGAAACUUUACAAGCCAUCGACAUGACAUCAACUAAAGCACACGAAACAAAGCUGAUCUCAAAUCAACAA